AUGAAAAGCCAAAUAGCUUUCCGACAAUUUGCUCAAAAGCAAUUCAACAAUCACAGGAUACUUCAAUCACUUCUCACCAAACAACAACAAUCGUUCUCAACAAGCAAGCAAAACAAUACGAAGCCAAUUGACAACAAUGGAUCGAUUUUUGAUUAUGGUCUUUAUGUUGUGACCGAUUCGGAAAUUUCAAGCAAAGCAUCUCGUUCAUUAGAGGAAACGGUACAGCAAGCAAUCGAAGGAGGAUCAUCAAUUAUUCAAUAUCGUGAAAAGAAUACUUCAUUGAAUACUCGUCAAAUUCUUGAACAAGCAAAAUCUUUACAACGCAUCUGUAAAAAGUACGGUGUUCCAUUUCUCAUUGAUGAUCGUGUGGAUUUGGCUCUUGCUUGCAAUGCCGACGGAGUUCAUGUGGGCCAAAAAGACCUCCCACCUCAAUACGUUAGAAAAUUGAUUGGUCACUCCAAGAUUUUGGGAUUAACAGUCGGAACGAAAGAGCAAGUGAAUGAAGCGCUCUCAUAUGAAGUGAGAGCAGAUUAUUUAGGAACCAACGCCAUUUUCCCAACCCAGACCAAGAAAGAUGCCGGUUCUGCUGUUGGAUUGCAAGGUCUUAAGGAUUUAGUUGACUAUGUGAGAAGUGUUUCAAAUAUACCACUAGUUGCUAUUGGAGGAAUUGGCUCUCAAAAUGUUGAAGACGUAAUGAAAUGUGGUGUGGAUGGAGUUGCAGUAGUGAGUAGUGUCGUUGGAGCUCCAAGUGCUUUUGAGGCUGCCAAAGAGUUGAGAAGACAUGUUAAUUAUUAUCAAAUGGGUCAAUCGAGAGAAAAGGCAGAGAUGAGAGAACAAAUGGUCAAUGCUUUGUUGCAAAUCAAAAAGACCAGACCAUUGAUUCACAACUUGACCAACAAUGUGGUCACUACACAAACUGCCAAUGCUCUUCUUGCUAUUGGUGCUUCUCCAGUUAUGACUCAGUACCAUCUCGAAAUUAGUGAUAUGGUAGAAAUUGCCAGCGGAGUAUUAAUUAACAUUGGAACAUUGGAUGAAUACUCUAUUAAAGCCAUGCAUUUAGCAGCAAGACAUGCAGGCCACUUGGGAAAGCCAGUCAUUUUGGAUCCUGUUGGAUUUGGAGCUACUCGUGCAAGAGAAGAAACAACCUUUGAUCUAUUAUUGAACCACAAGAUUACCAUUCUGAAGGGAAAUUAUGGUGAAAUUGGUAAAAUGUAUGGCGAGGGAAGUUUUGCAACAUUGAAAGGAGUAGAUGCUGAAGGAGGUCCAAUCUCUGAUCACUCUCAAAUGGAUAAGGUUGUUUUGGAAUUAUCUAGAAAAUAUGGUUGUGUCGUUUGCAUGACUGGUCCAAUUGAUUUUAUUUCUGAUGGUUCUCGAGUCAUUAGAAUUUACCAUAACGAACCAUCUCUUCAAUAUUUGACUGGAGUGGGUUGCAUGACUGGUGCUAUUCAAACAGCAUUUGCUGCAGUUUGUGAGGAUCCACUUGUUUCAGCAGCUGCAGGUUGUGCAUUUGUUGCUUUGAGUGGAGAAAUGGCUUCGAAAAAGUUAGGAGUGGAUGGAAAGAGUGGAGAAUUGCCCAUGUUGGGAGAUUUCAGAACUGAGUUAUUCAACGCUUUUGGAAGUUUAACACCAACACUCUUUAGAGCUCAUCUCCAUUUUGAUGUUAUCCAAUAUUGA